AUGUUUGGGCACAAGUCAGCGCAAGCUAGUUUUGAGGCUACCAAGAAGUAUGUGAACUGUAUGAUGGCACCUGGGCAACAUGUUCGUGAUCAUUUUAUUAAGAUGAUGAACUACUUCCAAGAAGCUAAGUUGCAUGGAGAAACAGUAGAUGAGAAGACUCAAGUUGGAAUCAUUCUCAACAGGCUUGCACCUAGUUUCCUUACGUUCACCAUGAACUAUUUUCUUAACAAGUUGUACUAUGGAGUGACUCAGUUAUUGAAUGAGCUCCAGAUGUAUGAAGGAAUAAAUAAUGGACCGAGUAAAGGACAGGAGAAGAAGGCUGCUAUUACCGGGGGUGCUCAAGGUGAGGCUAACCUAGCCUCUUACUCAAAGAGCAAGAAGAGAAGGGCAAGGAAGGACAAAAAGAAAGCUAAGAAGCAAGCAGCUGGAAAAGGCGCCAGCAAAUGA